UGAUUGAUGAUUCUUGUAUUCUAAACACUAUAGGGUUAUUCAUAUGUUUAAUAUGGUAAAGAAUCCCCAACAUAUUCUCCUACGUACACCUAAUCCAAAAUCACAUCGUUGUCCUUUUUUCUUAUAUAUGUUUGCACCUAGACAUAGGGGGACAUGAAAAGACGGCAAAAGGCGUGUCCCCUCCAUCACACAGCCUCCCAUUGGCCACUGCUCUGGCAAGUGGACAGAGGGUUCUCUUGCCCUUUUCCCCUGUAUUUACUCAUCCAAAACAAAAUGAUCACUGAUUGUCCUUCUUGUGUUUGUGGGUUGGUUUUCUUCUAUAAGAAUGAGGUGAUAAAGCCAGCGGUUAAUGGGAUAUUGAACGUCUUGAGGUCAUGUCUCAAGGCGAAGACGAUACGGAGGGUGGUAUUCACUUCAUCUGCUGGUGCUGUUGCCAGACAAGAGAAGCAGCUCCCUGUAUACGAUGAGAGCUCAUGGAGUGACUUAGAAUUUAUAAAGAAAAAGAAGAUGACCGGAUGGAUGUACUUUAUGUCCAAGACAUUAUCAGAGAAAAUAGCAUUGGAAUUUGCAGAGGAGAACAGCUUAGACCUAAUCACCAUUAUACCAACCCUUGUGGUUGGGCAAUUUUUAACUCCUUGGAUGCCGCCUAGCAUGAUAACAGCUUUUGCACUAAUCACUGGUUAUGCAAGAAAUGAAGCCCAUUACUCAAUUCUGAAGCAAGUUAAAUUUGUGCACUUGGAUGACCUUUGCAAUGCUCAUAUCUUCUUGCUUGAGCACCCUGAAGCAAAGGGAAGAUACAUUUGCUCUUCUCAUAAUACCAACAUCAUUGAACUAGCAAAAAUGUUAAGAAAGAGAUUCCCAGAGUACCACAUCCCAACUGAGUUCAACUUUGAAGGAGAAAGCUUGGAAGUGGUUGCUUUUUCGUCUAGAAAGCUUACAGAGCUUGGAUUUGAGUUCAAGUACAGCUUAGAAGAUAUGUAUGUGGGAGCCACUGAAUCAGCUAGGGAGAAGGGUUUGCUUCCUAAUCAAACCCAACUCAAUGACAAGAACUUGAAAUCUGAGGAAGCUGAAAAAACCCAUUGAAAGCCAAGAAGAUUUAAUAAGAGGCGGAGAGGAGAAGAUUUGAUGUUAGGUAACGAGUUACUCAUAUGGACAUUAAUAAGGGAAGGGAGCUCUAUUGUGCGAUUUACAGAAUGGGUUUCGAAUUUGAUGUUUCUAUAACUUAUGUUUUGAUGUAUUAUGUACAACAAAUAUGGCUAUGGACUUUGCUCUUCAAACGUUUGAGGGAAUGCCUCAAAGGAAUGUUACUACUGUUUUGAAAAUA